GAUGCGUUGUUAGCAAACAGGUUAUGUUUUCUAACUUUUCUGAUCAAUGGACUUGUAAUACUACAAAAUGAUACCGUAAGUUGCAUCUUAUAAGUAGAGUAACUCUACGAUAUGUUUCCAGUUCAUGUAUAUAUGCACGUUACUUUGCGCCUGCUUGUACUAUGCAUUUCGUAGGUAAGCUGCAUAAACUUGAAUUCCUUUAGAGAAACAGCGUGCUUUACAGCCUGACUACAUUUACGCGGUUGCAUGGUUGAUUGUCUAUCCACCUGUAGUACUAGUUGCUUACUUCAAUGGCCACCAGCACCACGUUCCGUUCGGGUAAGCCAAAGCUGGCGGGUUUGGUCCAGGUAACCGAUCACUUGUACUUGAGCAACAUCAGGGCUGCAAACGACAUCGUGAUGGUGUCUGCAUGCAAGAUCACCUGCAUUAUUAACGCCACCGAAGACGCCACCAACGUCCCCGUACCCGAAGUUGAAUACGUCCGGGUGCCCGUGGCUGACUCGCCGGACGCCCGGCUCGGCGAUCAUUUCGACACGGUGGCUGAUAAAAUCCUGCGUGUUGCAGAACAAUGCGGACGUACUCUGGUCCACUGCAAUGCUGGUGUGAGUCGUUCGGCGGCGCUCUGCCUCGCCUACCUGAUGAGACACAGCGGCAUGACACUCGUGGAGGCCCAUAGUCGGGUCAAGUCUCUCCGACCGAUCAUCAGACCCAAUGCCGGCUUUUGGAAGCAGCUCAUUGACUACGAGGUCAAAAUUCACGGGAAAGAAACCGUAAAAAUGCUCAUGUCCCCUGUCGGAGAAGUGCCAGAUUUAUAUGAAGGACAAAUAAGAGGCUUGAUAUCUUGUUAAUAUUAAGUCAGAACUCAUUAAAACCUGUCUUUUUACGCGAUACUGAUCUUAACUGCUGACUGCUGCACGUAUGCCAAAGUUCAAUACCUGCAGUCUGUUGGAAAUAAUGUCUUUGUCAAAUAUCAAAUUUGGUCUGCAUAACAUACCAAUGUUGUUUACAGUUUUUUUACAUAGUCUUUUUUAUACUGUAGUGAAUUAAGUUUUUAGAAGAUUGUGGUUAAUGUACUAUAUUUAAAAUGUGUUCAUAUUAAAUGCUAUCCUUGA